AUGGCUCUAAAGAAGUCAUCAGUCUCCCUGGACUCUUCCAGUGAUGCUGAGGAGCUGCCGGUAUUUACCUUUCUGAAGAAGGAACCAUGUUCAACAGAGAGGAGGCAGCCCCCGAGGGAGGAGAAGAUCGUAGUAGUUCACACCUCCGAUUCUGAGGCCUCCUGUCCCCCAUCACCAAGGUGGAAAGAUCCACCACCCACCCCAGACACAGCUGAAAUCAUCACAUCAGCACAGCCGGUCAGGGUGCUGAGCAGUGGAAGUGAGGAUGAGGAGGAACUCAUUCCCCUGGCUGAGAGGCUUGCAUGUAAGUUUUUGACCCACAAGCAGCUGAGCCCUGAGGAUCCUAACUCCCCAGUUAAAAGCGUUUUGGAUCAUCAGAAUACCGAAGGAGCCUCACAUGCCUGGGAAAAACUCUUUCCAAAGAUCUGUGAUGUGCCCCUCCAAGACCCCUCAGAAAGGUGUACAUUGAAUAACACGGACUCUAUGGGAGACAGUCCAUGCCCUCAGGUUCCAGUCUCACAAGCCACCUGCCCUCUCCGGAGCUUCAGUUCAUCAGUAACCAAACCAAAUGCUGAGGCCCGCCCAGCUCAGAAGAGAACCAAGCACAGUCCGAAGGUCCAGCGGAGAGGCUCACAGGGACGAGCACGCCGGAAGGAAAGCACCCGGAGACCACCGCCAAGGGACAAAGAGGCAGCACCGGCUAACAGACCAAAAGCCCUGAGGCCAGAGGAGUGCUUAAAGCACGUCGCUGUGGCGCUGGACCCAGAGCUCUUACAGAUGGAAGGCGGGGGCCAGCUGCUCGGAGCGCUGCAGGCCAUGGAGUGCCGCUGUGUGAUCGAGGCGCAGGCCGUGCCUCGCAGCCUCGCCUGGAGGAGGAGGGCCGGGCCGUCUGCGGAUGGAGAGGAGGCCUGGGUGGAGGAGCCGAUGGUCCUGGUGCUGCUUCCGGCAGAGGCGUUUGUCUCCAUGAUCCACAACUUCAAGCAGGGAGGUCCAGGCAGCACUGAGAGAGGGAAGGAAACGCUUCGGAGCUUUGUCACAGACAUCACGGCACGAACAGCGGGAAAAGCUCUGUCACUGGUGAUUGUGGAUCAGGAGAGACGCUUCAGUGCUUCACAUCCUCCAAGGAGAAGGAAACAGGGAGUGGCAAACGGAGAACAGGCCAAGGAGAAGAAGAAACACAGACCACCAGAGGCCAACUCAGAGCCCACGGUGUCCAGGGUAGACAUGGAGGAGGCGUUGGUGGACCUGCAGCUACACACACAAGCCCAGGCUCGAGUUGUGCAGAGCUGGAAAGAGUUGGCCGACUUUGCGUGCUCGUUCACGAAGGCCGUGGCUGAGGCGCCCUUCAAGAAACUCCGAGAUCAAACUAAUUUCUCCUUCUGCCCGGAGAGUGACUGGGCUGGCGGGGCGAAGGUGGACCGCGCUGGCAGGGGCCUUGCUCAGGUCUGGCAGCGGCAGAUUCAGCAGCUGAACCGAGUGAGCUCGGAAAUGGCCAGUGCUAUUGUGGCCGCCUAUCCCUCCCCACAGCUCCUGGUCCAGGCUUAUAGGCGGUGCUUUUCAGAGCAAGAACGCCAGAAUCUGCUUGCAGACAUACAGGUGCGCCGUGGGGAAGGCGUGACAUCUACCUCCCGCCGUGUUGGACCGGAUCUGUCCAGGCGUCUCUACCUUCAGAUGACCACGUUGCAGCCAGAUCUCUCUUUAGACGGUGCAGACUGA